AUGAUCAACGAGUUUAUCCAGAGCCCGAGCGAAACACAUGCCAUUGAGAUUACUUCGCUGGCGCCUUUCUUCGAUGAAGACGACUAUGUACGUGUAUUCGACAAAUUUCACAAUGUUAUCGCAAGUGCUGCAGUGGACGGCAAGAUCGUGGACGUUGAGCUUCUACGCGCAUUCGAGGCGUUUCUUCACUGUCGCCAGGCUGGGCUGGCUGGAAAACGAUUGAACCUCGGGAGCGCCAUGCUUUCAAUCCAAAAGGCACUGGACAGUGCCGUUGAUGCAGCUCAUGGCCAAACCAAGUACAACUCGAUUCGCGCUCUGCUGGCGGUUUUGGAUGCUAUGAAUGAAGUUAAGAUAGAGGGCAUCGUGGAUCUCAAAGUCCAGAACUUGCUGAAGCGGCUGGAGAAGCUCAGGGAUCAUAAAGAGCUUCGUCUCGCCGAGGUCGCGAGUUACUCUUAUCAGGCAUUGCUGGCUAUUCCAACUGACGUGAGUCCUUGGAAGAAGAUUGGAGCCAGCACUUUCAAGACUAUCUUGGGUGGUGCAAAGGUUGCUGGCUCUGUCUGGUCAUUCGAUCCAUCGAAACUAGUGGAGGGUCUGGUCGACUUGACGGAAGUGCCUGAGUUGAUAAGCUCCAUCAUCGAGGUUAUCAAAUCAUGCAGCGAAUUAUUUCAGAGCGCCUCGAACACGGGUAAAGCAUUCAAAACGCUGAAGAAACCCAAGGAUUGGUAUAUUGCUUUGCGAGCCACUGAUGGCUUGGUCUGGGCAAAUGCUCCAAAGCAUAUGGAAGCUUUGCUUCAGCAUCCAGACCUACCUUGUCGCGAGGGUAAGGAUUUCCUUUGUGGACUCUGCGCACAACUUGAGCUGGCAGACGACUUGAAACAUGACCAAGUUGUCAAUGUUCUCAAGACGUUUCUUAUCACCCAAGCAAAUCAAGUAUUACGGGAUAAGUAUACGGACUCGGAUCUAGAUCUGCUUAAAAUUGAACGCCUUGAUAGUAGCAAGCUAUCUAUGGACGAAUGCUAUAUAAAUCUGGCUAUUGUUAGAAACUCCGUGGAUUCAAACCAAAACAGGGAUUCCGAUACUCGUUUACCCUCUCCCUUUUCUAUCCUGCGUCGUUUGGAUGUCUGGGAGCCACCAGAGACCGACCGUGUCAGUUUGGAAACCCUUUUUGACGAGAAGAAAGACACAUCAAACAACACUAUCCGAGGUCCGCCUCGGCGAAUUCUUAUCCGUGGCCAAGCCGGUGUGGGCAAGACGACUCUCUGCAAAAAGAUGGUCUACGAUUUCAUCCACAAGGACAUAUGGGCUGGGAUCAUCGAUCGAGUCAUCUGGGUCCCAUUACGCCAGAUCAAGAGUGACCUAGAAUCAGGACAAUCUAUUGCAGAUAUCCUGAACCAGCCCCUUCCUAAUGUUGAAAGGGCUGGCAAAGGUACUCUCGGCGAGGCUCUGGAAAGGUCGUUUACGAGCGAUCCCAGUAGGACACUUUUUAUUCUCGACGGCUUCGAUGAAGUUCAUCGGGAACUGCACUCUUCCGGCAAUGAACUUCUUCUCCAACUGCUCAAUCAGCCCCGGGCCAUUAUAACUACACGCCCGCGAGGUGUCAACCGUGACGUUUUCCAGAAAAUUGACCUAGAGCUCGAAACGAUUGGUUUCUAUCCUAACCAAGUGAAGGAAUAUAUAGAAAAGCACGGCAGUGGGAAAGCAGAGGAAAUUUAUGAGUUUAUCGAAGGCCACCCUGUAGUAGCUGGGUUAGCUCGCAUUCCGAUCCAGCUUGACGCUAUCUGCUACAGCAUGAUAGCUGGGAUGUUGGACGGUGACAGUCCUCCGGAGACCAUGACUGAACUAUACCACGCCAUAGAGAGGUCUCUUUGGAACAAGGAUGUGGAAUUGUUGGAGAAACGUCGCGAAGGCAGUGCUAAACCGCUGUUGAAACACGAAGCACAGGCUUCUUACUCGGACGAUAUCAGAAGACUUUGCCAAGCCGAAAUCAAUGCUCUUCAGUCGCUCUCAUUCACUGGGCUCUGUAACAACAUGGUUGAAUUUGAUCCGGCCUUUCUCACAAAAUUCCACAAUCAACAGAGCAUUAUUGCGGGCAACCUCCCUACGGUUAAAAUGCAGUCAUGGUUCACCGACUUGGAUAAGCUCUCGUUCCUUCGCACCUCGGAUGGACCGCUAACACCGACUACCCGAAGUUAUCACUUCCUGCAUUUGACGUUCCAGGAGUUGUUUGCCGCGCAAUUCUUUGUACAACACUGGAUAUCGAGGAAAGAUCUAAUCGUUUUUGAUUACUCUACCAAGAAAUCAACACCAACCAAACCGGAGACUUUCCUACAAAUGGAGAAGUAUAAUUCGAGCUACGAUGUCUUCUGGCGCUUUGUUGCCGGCACCAUUCAGCUCCAGCGCGAUGAAGAGGCAUUGAAUCGCUUUUUCCAGGCAAUAGAAGAAGAGCCAAAGGACCUGCUUGGUCCUGCCCAUUUGCGGUUGACUAUGCACUGCCUGGCAGAGGUUAAUAGCAGUGCAUUUGAAUCACCUUCAUUUGUGGAAAUUCGCGAGUCCUUGGACUUAAAGAUGAUGGACUGGCUCAUCUUGGAGUCUCAGAUCUCCCGACAAACGGUACGCCAGCUGGUGGGGGAAACAGAAUUCCCCGAAAGACUUCUAAAAGAGGUCGCCGGCUUUAUAGACUUUUACAGGAAAAGUUUGCGUGAAGAAUUUGCCCAAGGGCUCAUCGCGCGACCGAGAGUUUCUCCCAGCUUGGUAGACCUUGUAGUUGAGUGGUCUCGGGAUUUUGCUGACGGGGACGCUGAUGCGGACGAGUAUGAUGAAGAUACUCUCAACUUGAGUUUUGCAACAAUGAGCCUCCUUUGGCACACGCCACGGUCAACUCCGGCCGCAAUGUCGCUUCUCUCUAAGCUUUUAGACCACUCGGACAGGCGUAUUUACCAACACGCUGCGGUCACUAUAUGGAAGCUUGCGGAGACCAGGACUGAGACAGAGUACAACCCUUUGAUCGUGAGGGGUUUACUAGAAUGUCUACAUGUCCGGAAUAAUGAGACCAGAGUCAGUGUUUUGUCAGAGUUGAAGAGCAUGUUGGACUUGCCAUCAGACGCCUAUGAGGCUCUGAAGAGCUUGGCACGCGAUCAGUCUCUCUAUCCGAAAAUAGAUGGAGGCUUUGCUAUGAGAUCAGUAUAUGCCGAGCCUGAAAAGAUAAAGGAAGCACUGGUAAACUUGACAAAGACUGUGAAACUCUUGGACACUAGCACGGUUGUUCUUGAUAACUCCAAGCCGGAGGAGACACAAGCGCCCCAGAACAACAGAGAAGAAAUGAUAAGACAAGCUCUUCAGCGUUGGAAAGACAGGCUAUAUGAUGAAAACUCCGCAAAGAAGCUGGAGAGCAUCGAAAAUGUUGUUUUGGAGCACCUCAGCUGUCCAAAAUAUCCAGAUGGCCAGCUCAGCACUCUGACUCUGGAUACUCUGAUAGUCGACAUUCUAUUCGAGGUUCUCCGCAAAAAUGGCUUCGAUGGGACUCAUUUGGAAGAGCUUUCUGAACUUCUAGCGGGCCCAGGCAUCCGCUACAAUAUCUUGAACGUUCUCGCCGCCCAUUUCAGCAGUCAAGAAGACAUAUUACUGGAAUUAGCUUCCAAGGGUCAAAAGCACUACGAUGGACGAGUGCCAGAUGUCAUAUUCAAUAGCGUGGCGGUCCUAGUCGGGGGCACAAAACCGCUCCACAGAGCAGUGGCCGGAAUUAUCAUGAACCAGCAUCCCCGUCUGCCGAAAUGCGUCUCGCAAAUGCUGAUGGACAACCUAGAGGUUUGGGAGGGAAACGUUCGAGACCGUGCUCUGCUAUACCUGGCCACACACUGGGAUCACACAAGGGUAUUCGAAAUGGCAAUGGCCAAGUUCGGGGUCGCCAUUCAAGAUGGCCAAUAUGGCGAGUUUCCUCCACAAUUCUGUGCACUUAUCCGAGAUAUUGCGCACCAAGCCAUCCUUUCUCCAAAUACAGCCCCCAGAUAUUUGAAGUUUUGGUUUAUGGAGGUUGAGCUGAAGUAUCCUGGAUCGGGUAUCAUGCAUCUCAUUCUUCGUCUCGAUGAGAAGUCUCUAUGUACUGUCUAUGAGAUGUGGCUGGAAGGAGCCUUAGAGGAGUCGCUGUGUUGGUAUGUGGACGACAAUCAGCUUUGCGUUAGGACAUCUGCGGGUGUCAUUGAGAGAAUUUCCGAGAGUAGUGAGAUAAUAUCAGAGUUUCUGGAGAGGCUGGAGAAAAUAAAGGCAGAGAUGGGAGUUCCGAAUUAA